AUGGUGACCGUCAAAUGUUAUGCCUGCGUAUCCCUCACACAGCUCAUCGACGCUCUACUGGAUAUUGAGAAGACACCAAGAAAACCACAGUAUCAAAUAGCUGCUCCUGAACCUCUGGUCUUCUGCGAGCCAGAAUACGAGGGACUUGAGUGGCAAACUAGUCCGGCUGCCCGUGAUGAAAUUGUGAAGCAUAUUCAGCGCAUGUGGACGGAACAGGCAGUUCGGUGCUUCCCCUAUGCACCCACCGAAUACGCUGGCAGUUGGGAAACUUGA